AUGAACUCUGAAUCAUGCCAAGAUACGUUGGAUGCCUUUUGGUCUGUAGUUGGUUCGCUUUCUGAAGCAGACAAACGCGCUCUCCUUCGUUUCGUGACUGCCUGUUCUCGGCCGCCAAUGUUUGGCUUUCGUGAUCUUCAGCCUCCUUUUACCAUACAAGUAACUGACCAGACAGACAGAUUGCCCACUUCUAGCACCUGUGUAAACCUGCUUAAGUUGCCAGAUUUCAGAGAGCCAGGCCUUUUACGUGAACGUUUGCUCUACGCUAUCCGAGCUAAUGCAGGAUUUGAGUAUAGUUGA